AUGGAAGGUGCCGGUGUUUCAGGUGUGCAAAUGAGAGACCUUGCCUCUGCGCCCUCACGCAACGCAGCCGAAGGCGACGUGACAUAUGGGGACGAGGCUUCUUCUGUUUCCGACCCUUCGGCCACAUGUUCUCCACGGUUAGCUGGAGGAAGAGCCGAGAAAAAGGAGGCGGAGUCACCUCCCAUUCGCCCUUCGAUGGUCUCUCACAACUACCGCCAACUUACGGUGAACCGUCACCUGGCUGCAGUCGUUGCCGGCAGCGUCGCGGGGAUCUUCGGGCUGGAGGGUCUUGCAGGUCUCUUUGUCUUCGUUUUAGUCACGCUUCUCGGAGGCUGUCUCAUGCUGCUCGAGACUCGCUUCGACUGCAAGCUGUAUUUCGCGAGUACAAGAGACAUCUUCUUUGCGCAGUUCUUCACGGCUGCUCUCACGUUUAUCCUCGUGUGGACUCUGGUCUACAACGUCGUCUACAUCUUCUAGACAUUUUUCGUUCUUCUAUUCGAAACGUGCUCUUGCUCUUGGACGUCCUCCGUCGCUCGGCAUUCUCCCGGGGCAAGUCUUGUCUUCUCCACCUGUAAGUUCCUCUUCACUUUUCUGCAUUUGGGUCAGCUCUCGGGUCUGCAAGGGAUUCUUCGUUUGAUCCUCUGCAUGCGUCUGUCGCGUUUUCUCUGCCGCACUGCUGGUUCCUCUGUUUGUCUCAAAACACUCAAGCUGUCGCCCCGUUCCCUGUCGUCCGCGUUGUCGAUUCUUCUUUUGCUCUCUCGCAUAC